GCCAAAAAUUCAAUCAUUCAAUUCUCUCGGUCAUUAGAACCGAGGCUAUAUAUGUCUUAGGCAAAUCAGUAUUUUUCAGUAAUAAAUGUCAAUAUUUGUGAAUUUUAGACGCAAAUUAUAACACUUCUUGUGACACUCUGCAUAAGAUGCAUUAUCGUCAUAACCCAAAAUAGUCAAUUUUGACAAGCUCAUGACAUUCUACUUAACUUGAGCCUAAUUACACAAUUGAACUUAUUGCAUCAAAAAAUUAUUUGUUUUACAACACUGUUCAUUAUUGCUUCUGAGCUGUCAUAGAAAAAGCAAAAAAGAAUUUAGUUUUGUGAAAAUUGUUUGCGAGGAAAAAUGGCCACUGAACAAUUGACUAAUUUGGAGAAGCGCCAAAAAGUAUUCCUUGAGUACGAAAAGCUGGUUAUAGAACAAAAGCUUAUUUUUGAGAAGUUAACUGAUUUAGAAGCGGAUUUGGCUGAUCAUAAGAAUGUCAUAGAGAAGCUUUCAACCAUGGAUCCAGAACGAAAAUGUUCUCGUCUUAUUAACUGCGUGCUUACUGAACGCAAGGUUAAGGACGUGCUCCCGCAGUUAAUAGCUCAUGUGGAGUUUCUUGAGGGAACUAUUCCGACAAUGAAUUGUGAUUUGAAGCAGAAGAGCGAGGCCAUAAGCAAGUAUAAACAAGAACACAAUCUUGGCACAUUGCCAAGCAGUUUCCAAAUGCCACUGGUAUAAGCGAAACUGGAAUAUCGAGAAAUGCUCUUUCAAUACUUUAUCGAAAUGUAAUUUUGUAAAUUUCUUUAAUAAAAGUC